AUGUCACGAGAAGAGCUCAUUGUUCUGCGAAAGACUCUCACUGAGCUACUCGACAAGGGUUUCAUUCGAGCAACAUUUCACAAGAUUCGCGUCGAGGAGGGAGACGAGUGGAAGACAGCAUUCAGAACACGUUACGGACUCUACGAAUGGCUUGUCACGCCGUUCGGGUUGACGGGUGCUCCCGCAACGUUUCAGCGUUACAUAAACCACACGUUGCGAGAUUUCCUCGACGAGUUCUGUUCCGCUUACAUUGACGACAUCUUGAUCUACUCGAGCGAUGCAGGCCUGCAGAUUGAUAUCGACAAGUGUGACUUUGAGGCAAAGAGUGUCAAGUACCUGGGCUUCAUCGUCGAAGCCGGGAAAGGUAUCCGCGUGGACCCGGAGAAGGUAUUCUCCAACAUCGCCGCGCCUCUAACGGCGUUAACAAAGAAGGAUGCGGUGUUUGCGUGGUCGAAGGAGUGCGACAAGGCCUUCGAGGAGUUGAAGGCUCUUCUGACCAGUGCGCCGGUCCUUGCGCAAUGGGAUCCGGAUAGAGAGACGAUUGUGGAGACGGAUUCAUCCGGUUAUGUCACAGGAGGGGCGCUCUCGCAAAAGGGCGAUGACGGCAUCAUGCGGCCUGUGGCCUUCUUCUCAAAGAAAAACGCACCGGCGGAGUGCAACUACCCAAUCCACGAUAAAGAGCUGCUGAAGCAGCAACUGAGUGAACGUCAGGCGCGAUGGGCUGAGACGCUAUCGCGGUACAGCUUCACCAUCAAGCAUCGACCGGGCAAAGAAGCCGUCGUACCGGACACGCUGUCGCGACGAGAACAGGACAUGCCGCACAGCGCCGAAGAUGAUCGGUUGCAAGGACGACGUGUUCAGCUGCUGCAACGUAACAAGGGUGGCCUGGUGACAAAAGUCAAGAGCGGUUAUGUCACCAAGGGCGACACGGAUCAACCCGAUGACGCAACAACUGACCAAGACGACUCAAUCGAAAACCCUUUCUCGGACCCGGAACUGCAGAAGUUAUGGGACGAAGGUGUCAAGCACAAUCGUUAUUGGCUCAUCCGAAAGGCCGUACAGCAAGGCGAGAGGCGUCUGCCGUCGCAUUGGGGACUGCCCGAGACGCAUGACUCAACGCUUGCAGGACACCCCGGACGGGACAUGCUGAAGUCCUUGUUGAGCCGCAAGUUUUAUUGGCCAGGCCUCGAUUCAGACCCGCUACCUAUUCCAGACAGGAUCUGGUCGGAGCUGUCAAUUGACUUUGUGACAGACCUGCCACCAACCAAGUCGAACGGUUCGACCAACCUUAUGGUCGUGACGGACAGACUGUCCAAAAGUGUCGUUCUUGAGUCAUUGAAGGACAUCACGGCCGAGACGACGGCCAGAGCAUUGCUACGGAACGUGGUGCAACACCAUGGCGUGCCGCGCGCGAUCGAUAACUGGGAAGAGCUGUUGCCAGCGGCCAUGAUGGCCAUCAACAAUCACAACUCGACGUCGACAGGCCUGAGCCCGUUCUUUAUCACGCAUGGGUAUCAUGUUGACCCGAUACAAGUCAAGGAGAAGUUACGGACGGACGGAAGGUCCCCAGUGGCCAGGGCUGAAAGCAUUGUGCAACGAUUUCGAGAGGCAACGGAAUGGGCCCAGGCGGCAAUUGCGUCAGCGCAAGAGCAGCAAGAGAAGAACGCCAAUUCGCGAAGACAGCCGUCAGACCAGUUCAAGCCUGGAGACAAGGUAUGGCUGCGACUUCGCAACAUCCGAUCCAAUCGGCCAUCCAAGAAGCUCGAUUGGCUGUCGGCCAAGUACACCGUCCUGGAGACCAUUGGGUCACACGCGUGCAGGCUGGACACGCCUCCGGGAAUACACAACGUGUUCCACACGUCGGAUGACUACCGCCCACCGGCCAUUUUGACGGACGAUGGCGAGCUGUGGGAAGUGGAAGAGAUUCUGGACAGGAAGAAAGUCGGGAGAGAGUGGAAAGUGUUGGUGAAAUGGCACUGGCUAGGUAUGAAGAAGUUCAUGGGAAAGUUGGAUCGAAACCACCCCAAUCGAAACGAUCGAAACGGGGAGGAAGGAGGGGUUAUUGUAACGGGCUGA